AUUUGAACUUGCAACCUUCCGGUUACUAGUCCAACGCUCUAACCACUAGGCUACCCUGCAAUACAAUACAUAUGAAAUGAGUAAAGCAGUACAAUAUGUAAACAGUAUUACAGUGACUAGUUUUCCAUGAUUAAAUUGACCAGUGAUUCCACGUCUAUACAGGGCAACAGCCUCUUAAGGUGCAGGGUUGAGUAACCGGGUGGAGGCCAGCUAGUGAUGACUGACUAAAAGUCCACUAUGAUUAACUCUUCUCCGCCGGCGUCAUCUUGGAGCAGCCUCUGUGAUUGGUUCAAUUGCCCUGGGGGGGUACGAACAAAGGAUCCAAUUGGGGAAAGUUGUACUCCUGGUCAUAAUGCUGGUGAGUUACAUUGGACCCAUAAUAAGUCAUAUUGGACCCAUAAUGGAUUACAACAGCUCUCCAAUGUCAUUUCUUGCUCUCGCUCUUACACAAUGUGCAGGAGCAAUCCCAUAACACCAUGUACACAUUAUUUACUGAUCUCUUAAAUGGACAGUUUCAUCUAGUGGAUAGAAAUGAAUACAGCAAUGUGUUUUAACCACCUGGCUACAUCAGGCCAUGACCCCUACUGCAGCAAAGAGAGUGGACACAGGCGAGCAGGAUGAUGUUCACUACACAGGCGAGCAGGAUGAUGUUCACUACACAGGCGAGCAGGAUGAUGUUCACUACACAGGCGAGCAGGAUGAUGUUCACUACACAGGCGAGCAGGAUGAUGUUCACUACACAGGCGAGCAGGAUGAUGUUCACUACACAGGUGAGCAGGAUGAUGUUCACUACACAGGCGAGCAGGAUGAUGUUCACUACACAGGCAUCCACCACAGAAACCAGGAAGUGCCUGUCUGUUGCAAAAUAGACUGUUUUUGAGAAACAUUGAUGGCUGUUGUGUUGUUGAGAUGCCAGUAGAGAGCGCUGUAGUACAGUCCACUGGAAACAACAUGUUUUAGUGUAGCUGGUGAGACCUACAGAAGUGCAGAGAAACCACAGGCCUAUUGGAACGGUCCAAUUAUGUUCACAUGUUGUUUAUAAGCACUUCAGUGGCGUGUUGGUUGUCAGGAAAAGGCAUCAUGGGUACAGGAAGCCAGCUGUGCAUCAACAUCUUAGACCCUCAGUACAUCUAGUUGGUGUCAACCACAGAACUCACACUCUUCUGUUUCACACAGCCAGUAUAAGGUCUCCUACCAAACUCCUCUCUUCACGCUACUGCAGGGUGGGAGAUGCAACAAUGGCCUUGAGAACAGCAGGAAGUGUGUUGGUGGUCCUUCUCUGGUCUGUGGCAGCAACUACGGCAACAUAGUGUGGACAAAAAAGCCAAGUUAUGGUGUCUCCCAGCAACGCAGUGUGGGGACAGAGGGUAGUACUGACCUGUAGAACCACCUGUCCUCUGAGUGACAACCCCAACCCCACCUACAUCUGGUACAGGAAUGAACAACGUCUAGAUGAACCCACCAUUCAACAAUACUCUGUUAUCAGUUAUUUUACACACAGUUACUCCUGUGCAGUAAAAGGCCACGAGGAUCUGCACUCUCCUGCAGUGUGUGUUCUGGGAAAGAACUGUUUCAACGUGACUUACAUCCAUCAGAGUAUCUGUGCCUUGAAGGAGUCAACAGUGGAACUGCCCUGCACAUAUCAACAUCCAAGUUAUCAUGUAGUCUCAGAACCAAACUGGUAUAUCCAAGAUAAAUAUAAUGAAGCGCCUAAAAUCCUGAGCUCGGUGCCAGAGUAUGCAGGUCGUGCUGAGUACCUUGGGACUAAAGAGAAAGACUGCACCCUGAGAAUCACAGACCUGAGAGAGAGUGACUCAGCUGAGUACUGGUUCACAUUCAAGACUCGGACGCAACUCGAUUGGUAUAAUUCCCUUCAAAGAGAGGAGCGUGUCAGGCUGUCUGUCACAGGCCUGCAGGUGAAGGCGUCUUCUGCCAUGGUGACAGAAGGAAAGGCGGUGAUACUGACCUGUAGAACCACCUGUACUCUGACUGACAACCCAAACCCCACCUACAUCUGGUACAAGAACGGACAACUCGUGAACACCCAAGAUAACUACCUGUUCCUAGACCCAGUCAGCAGAGAGGAUGCAGGCAGCUACUCCUGUAUUGCAAAAGGAUAUGGGAAUCUCCACUCUGCUGAUGAGACUCUCACUGUCAUUUAUGCCCCAAAAAACACUUCAGUGUCAGUCAGUCCCUCUGGUGGAAUAGUGGAGGGCAGUUCAGUGACUCUGACCUGCAGCAGUGAUGCCAACCCACCUGUGGACAAAUACACCUGGUACAAGAAGAAUGUAACCUCACCAAAAGCAUCAGGACAGAGUUACAGCAUCACUAACAUCAUCUCUGAGGACAGAGGAGAAUACUACUGUGAGGCUGUGAAUGAAGUUGGUGCCCAGAAGUCUACAUCUCAAUUGAUAAUUAUAGCAGGGAAAGAAACAUCUGUGAAGAAUGCAGCUGUAGGAAUCACAGUGCUUGUUCUGGUUCUCAUCCUCUGUCUCUCUGGACUCAUGUGGUUCAGGAAGAAGGUUUCCACAUCCACCUCUGUCAGGAGGGACACAGCAGACAAUGGACAGGUAAACUCAAGCCUUGUUCAUGUCAACGUCUCAGGCAUGGCCAUGACCUCUACUGCAGCACAGAGAGCAGACACAGACAGCCAGGAUGAUGUUCACUACGCCAGCAUCUACUUCUCUGGCUCCAGUAUCCAUGAAGUGCCUCUGUACUCAACCAUCCAACUGCCUCGACCCCAGAAAGAGGAUGUCCUGUACGAUGUUGUGAAAUUCAACCGCGCCAGUGCUGCCACCCAGUGAGCCAGUCCCGCCAUUACAUCAAAUCAGAAAAUCUCAUAAUUAAAUGACCUCUCUCACAGGAGGACCUCUCUGUGGUUUAUAGCACUGUCAACACACCCGGAAGCAAGUUGACCUGAAUGAAAGGAGACCUGAACACAACAAGAAGUGCUGAACACAAGAUGACUCUGCUUGGGAUUCAAUUGAAAGCACAUAGUCAACAAACAUACUACACUUGAAUUUUAAAGUUGAUUUAAGCCAACAUCCGCAGCAUUUACCGCAAAUAUGAUCUCUGCAAACAUCAGGAAAAUUCUUGAAAAACUGCAUUGUCAGUAGAAGACACAUUUUAGACAUGUUUACUUUAUAUUACUAAAUAUAGGGUCUACUAUAGGGUUUAAUAUAGUAUAAUAUAGGGAUUAAUAUAGUAUAC